CCUACGAAAUUGCUAUACUGACGACGAAGGAAGAUCAUAAGAAGAUGAGGCGACAGAAACUUGAGAGAACUAGCAAAAUCAGGAAACUGUCACCAUACAUGGACGACGCUGGAAUUAUCCGUUCAGAUUCCAGGAUCCCUGAGGCCUCAUUCGCGGCGUACGAUACCCGAUUUCCGAUAAUACUACCUAAGGAGCAUGUAGUCACCCGUAUGCUGCUGGAGUGGUAUCACAGGACAUUCCUGCAUGCUAAUGGGGAGACUGUCGUCAAUGAGGUGAGGCAGCGCUUCUAUGUGUCUACGCUGCGCACGAUAGUACGGCAGAUAGCGAGGGAGUGUGUGAUGUGCAAAGCAAACAAGGCAGUUCCGGUGAUCCCACGCAUGGCGCCGCUUCCGGUGGCCAGAGUAAAGGCCUUCGAACGUCCGUUUUCCUACGUAGGAAUUGACUACUUCGGACCAAUCGCUGUUCGAGUCAACCGCAGCACUGCGAAGAGAUGGAUUGCAUUGUUCACGUGUCUCACAACCCGUGCAAUUCACCUUGAGGUUGUACACACGCUGACGACCGAAUCCUGCAAGCAAGCAAUACGACGAUUUGUCGGACGAAGAGGGUCCCCGGCGGAAAUACGUAGCGACCAAGGAACGAACUUCGUUGGGGCAAACAACGAGCUGCGCAAGGAGAUGAUCGCCAUAGACGGACAGCUUGCAGAAUCCUUCACCAAUACGAACACUCGGUGGAUAUUCAACCCACCUGCGGCGCCGCACAUGGGAGGUGCUUGGGAACGGUUGGUGAGGUCGGUCAAAGUAUCUCUGGCGGCGAUGUAUACGUCCAGGAUUCCGAACGAGGAGACACUGGCUACUCUUGUGAUCGAAGCGGAAAGCGUCGUCAACUCCAGACCGUUAACUUUCAUUCCCCUCGAGGCGGAGCAGCAAGAGGCGUUGACACCGAACCAUUUUCUCUUGUCGAGUUCCCGUGGAGUGGUACAGCCGCCGAAGGAGCAAGCGGAGCCAAAGAUGGUUUGCAGAGGAGAUUGGCAGCUGUGCCAAGCUAUGUUGAACCAGUUCUGGCGCAGAUGGGUACGAGAGUAUCUCCCAACUAUUGCUCGCAGAACAAAGUGGUUCGAAGAGACGAAACCGAUUGAAGUUGGAGACUUGGUAGUCAUCGUUGAAGAGAAAAUUCGCAACGGUUGGGUUCGGGGUCGGGUCGUUCAAGUCAUGAAAGGAAGUGAUGGAAGAAUACGUGAUGCGGUGAUACAGACUGCCGACGGAAUCAAAUGGCGACCGGUGGCCAAACUGGCGAGACUGGAUGUAGAUAGAGGUAAGACUGGAGCGGACUCACCUGACCAGCCUUACGGGUCGGGGAAUGUUACGGAGGAUCGCACCAGUCCCUCGAGUACCCCCCGGUUGCAGGAAAGCGCGGCGCGUCAAGUGCAGGACUGACACAAGCUCUCGGACGGAUUUUGACGGUUGUGUGGAAAGGAGAAUUGUCAAAAGAAGUUUGACAGACUGAUACUUUUGUUUUGAUUUGUGGAGUACGAAUAAUUUGAGUGAAUUUAAAUUGUAGAACAACACGGAGUUCACAUUUGCCAGCGAGGCUGGGUUGUGUGUUUUGGUCAUAUUGCUGACAGUGGGAAGAUUGGAGUAAAAGUGAAUUAGGGUGACCAAUGUGAGUGAACUGAACACAAAACCAAACAAAUAAAUUAAUCGAUACAUUUAGCUUUUAGCGUAACAUCCAGAACAACGGUGUAUUGCUGAAGAGACCCCGAAAA